GGUAGGCGGGGAGACGGAAGUGGGCGGGGCUCCAAUUGACUGGAAAAUGUCAGCCGCUUGCCUGAGCGAGAUUUUCUUUCCUGGGAGCCAGGAGGCCUUCUAGUGACCCCCACCGUCGUCUCCGCUGAGUGUGGGUCUCAAGUCCUGGACGGCUGUGGCGGACACGCAGUUUACUCGUCCCUUCCAGACGCUGUCUGGCGAGAUCCGACGGUGAGCCCAAAGGGGUGGCGUCUGAGGCACGUUCGGGUCAGAGUCCCGGCCGAGUGCAGAUUGAGAUAGCGGGGGUCCGGGAGCGUGAGUGACCGCCGCCGCGAGGCCCACCUUCCUAGCCUCAGCCUUCCACAGGAGAGAAGCUACUAGCCCGGAGGAUCACACCUAGUGAUCCCUUUGCCGUAAAGCUGCUUCUGUUGGGGAGAGGCCGCCCUUAGGACGGCGUCGGUGGACAGGAUCCUUCCCACAUCUGUAAAAUUGGCACGGCGACGAGGUACAUCUCACAGGCUUGAAGUGAGGAUCAAGUGAGAUAAUGAGUGUGAAAGCCUGUUGUAAGUGAACAGAUAUGGUUCAGAACUGUACAUGAAUAACUUCAGUUACUCAGAGUGAAUAUUCAAUAAUGAGUGGUGCAGCUUUGGGACUCGAGAUUAUUUUUGUCUUUUUUCUGGCUUUAUUUCUACUUCAUCGAUACGGAGACUUCAAGAAACAGCAUAGACUUGUAAUUGUUGGAACACUGCUUGCUUGGUACCUCUGCUUUCUUAUUGUUUUCAUACUGCCUCUGGAUGUUAGUACGACAAUAUACAACCGGUGCAGGAAUGCUGCUGCAAAUUCAAGCCCUCCAGAGAGUAACAACAGUACAGGAUCAUAUGCAACUAUUGCUCCCGUUCCCAGGCAACAUCCAUGUUUUAAGCCAUGGAGUUACAUUCCUGAUGGAAUCAUGCCAGUUUUUUGGAGGGUAGUAUAUUGGACGUCACAAUUUUUAACAUGGAUUCUGUUACCUUUUAUGCAGUCAUAUGCAAGAUCUGGAGGAUUUUCCAUCACUGGAAAGAUAAAAACUGCACUGAUUGAGAAUGCAAUCUACUAUGGGACAUAUUUGCUAAUUUUUGGAGCAUUUUUAAUUUAUGUAGCUGUAAACCCACGUUUGCAUUUAGAAUGGAACCAACUUCAGACAAUUGGUAUAGCUGCUGCCAAUACGUGGGGUUUGUUUCUUCUCGUGUUGUUGUUGGGGUAUGGCUUGGUGGAAAUACCUCGGUCAUACUGGAAUGGAGCAAAAAGAGGUUACCUACUUAUGAAGACUUACUUUAAGGCAGCCAAACUGAUGACAGAGAAAGCAGAUGCAGAAGAGAAUUUAGAAGAUGUUAUGGAGGAAGUUCGUAAAGUGAAUGAAUGCAUCAAGUAUAACCACCCAUUGAGAAAGUGUGUUGACACAAUACUUAAAAAGUGCCCUACAGAGUAUCAGGAAAAAAUGGGUAGGAAUAUGGAUGAUUAUGAAGAUUUUGAUGAAAAGCGUAAUACCUACCCAAGUGAAAAAAGUCUAGUAAAAUUGCAUAAACAGGUGAUUUAUUCAGUUCAGAGGCACCGUCGAACUCAAGUGCAAUGGCAGAUUCUUUUGGAACAAGCAUUUUAUCUGGAAGAUGUAGCAAAAAAUGAAACUAGUGCCACCCAUCAGUUCGUUCAUACCUUCCAGUCUCCAGAGCCAGAAAAUCGAUUUAUCCAAUAUUUUUAUAAUCCUACAGUUGAAUGGUACUGGGAAUGUCUUUUGCGACCGUGGUUUUACAGGAUUCUUGCUGUGGUUUUAUCCAUCUUUUCAGUGAUUGUUGUGUGGUCAGAGUGCACAUUCUUCAGCACAACUCCGGUCUUAUCCCUCUUUGCAGUCUUCAUACAGCUGGCAGAAAAAACAUACAAUUAUAUUUAUAUCGAGAUUGCUUGCUUCCUUUCCAUCUUCUUCCUCAGUAUUUGUGUUUAUUCUACUGUAUUCAGGAUUCGUGUAUUUAAUUAUUAUUAUUUGGCUUCCCAUCACCAGACUGAUGCAUACAGUCUACUUUUCAGUGGCAUGUUAUUUUGCCGUUUGACUCCUCCUUUAUGUCUUAAUUUCUUGGGUUUGACCCAUAUGGAUUCCUCCAUCUCUCACCGGAAUACUCAGCCAACUGCUUAUACAUCUAUUAUGGGUUCCAUGAAAGUUUUAUCAUUUAUUGCAGAUGGAUUCUACAUUUAUUAUCCUAUGUUGGUGGUAAUUCUCUGCAUUGCUACUUAUUUUAGUUUGGGAACUCGUUGUCUGAAUCUGCUUGGUUUCCAGCAGUUUAUGGGAGAUAAUGAUAUGACAUCAGACUUAGUUGAUGAAGGAAAAGAAUUAAUCAAACGAGAGAAGAGAAAAAGGCAAAGGCAAGAAGAAGGUGAAAAUCGAAGAAGAGAAUGGAAAGAACGUUAUGGACACAAUAGAGAAGAUUCCACUAGGAAUAGAAAUGUUCAUUCUGAUCCAAAAGAGUCAAAUUUCUCAGAUGGUAAUACCAAUUGGUCAUCCAAAUAUACGAGGGCUAAUAAUAGAACUGAAAGAGAUCGAAUAGAACUUCUCCAAGAUGCAGAACCUUUGGAUUUUAAUGCAGAAACAUUCAAUGAUGAUCCUCUUGAAUCUGAAUCAGGAAGAUAUCAGCCUGGUGGACGAUAUCUCUCAAUGUCUUCCAGUAUAAUAUUUGAAGAUAUCUAAAGUCUGAAAAAAUUUGUGGAACAACUAAGCGGGUCAACACAUCACAUUGGUUCAGUUUUUGUGAACAUCUGUACGCCCUAGAAUUUCCUGCCUACUGUCAAGGAAGUGUCAGUAUAACAACAACAACAACAACAACAAAAAGAAUUAAUCACAGUUUAGUUUAUUAAAGGGUAUUAUCUUUUCUAAAAGAUUUAUUACAUACCAUUCCCUAAGUGUCUGCCUUAGAAGUAGGGUUACAGUGGAAAGAUUUAAUUCAUGAUAAAGAUCAGUAUAUGUAGAGAACAUAUACUUCAGUUUCAUGCAAAUUCUUUUCAGGAAAGUUACUUAAAGAUUCAAGGAAGCCAUAAAGGUACUAAAUGUCAUACAUUUUAUUGUUGUGAUUUACAUUAUUGUUGUUUCUAAAAAAUGUAUUCAACCUGUAUUUCCCAAAGAAACAUAAGUGAAUGGAGACCUCAAGUAAUAACCAUAUUUACAAAACUCAUGUCUUAAAACUUACUUACUAGACAUAACUGAAUGUAAAAAGUUCUUUUUCAAAUCUGUAUGCAAAUUUGUGAGGUAUUUUGCAUGAAUAAUUAAGAUUAUAUUUCGAUUAAUAGUGUUAGUAUCUUUAGCAUGUAUACACUAACCAAACAAUAUAUUAUUUUUCAGUCAUUGAAGUAACUGGAUUUUAAAAACGCUUUGGUAUUACAUUAGAAAAGAUUUCCAUUUCAGAGGGAAAUAAUUCACUUUGGGUGUUUAGUAUAUUGAUUUAAGUACUGAUUCAGUUUAAGGGGCAAUCUUAAGUAUUAAUGAUAAUUUUUAAUAACCAAAGAAUUCUUCAGAAUUAUCUAUUUAAAGUUUCUUGUUUACACUUUUUAAAAAGAAAACAUGUGGCUAUUCAAAGAUAAAACAUGAAUUUAUUAAAUUAUGCUUUAUAGAAAACUACUAGAACAGAAUUGUAUAAUAAUAACUUUUUGGUUAAAUGUGCUUAUUAUUUCAUCUUGAUGGUUUUAAUCUUUUUGGUUUAAGCCACAGUUGAGUAUUAUAUUUUAAAGCACCAGCAUUUUAUUGCAAAGUGGAAGUAGCACAGUGUAACAUGCUCACAGAGAGUAUUUAUAGUUCUGAAAAUACUUGUAAUUCUCAUAGAAUCCAUGCCACAUGGGGUAACCAUACUUGAGCUUGCCUCUCAGUUUUUUAAUUUUUGGUUUUUUUCUUGAUGGUAUUGGGGAUUGAACUCAGAGACUUCAAACUGAGCUACAUUCCAGGCUGUAUUUUAUUUUGUGACAGUCUCACAAAUUCAUAAAGUGGGUUUGAACUUGCAAUCUUCCUGCUUCAUUCUCCCAGAAUGCUGGGAUUACAGGUAUAAGGCAAUAAGCCAAUAUACCUGGCUGCUGAUUCUCAGAGUAGCGUCCUUAUAAUUAUUACUAGUGCUCAUUUUCCAUUUCAACUGUCUAUAUUAGAAGAUUCUAGUAUUAUCCUAAUAAUAUAAUUAUAUGUUUCUUGAAGAUAAUUUUCCUGAGUCAUAAAUUAAAAAUUUUUACUUUCCUCUUUAAUGAAUGUUAUCAUGAAAAAUUUUAAAAGCAUGCUCCUAUCCAAGUAUUAAUUUUUUUUCUUCUUUACUUUUUUUAUGGUGCUGAAGAUAGAACCCAAGGCCUUGUGUAUGCUAACAAGUAUUCCCCACUGAGCUAAACCUACAGUCCCUAUCUGUUUUUGAUCUUUCAGUUUUAAUGAUCUUUGAAGUUAUAUCCCCCUUUAAAAUAAUUAUUAAUGGAUAGAUGUAUUCUCAGUUGGAGAUCAUAUAGCCUGCUCAUUUGAGGAUACACAUUUGAACUUUUUAUUCUGAAGUGUUGUUAGCAAUAGACUAGAAGAAGUGAUAAUUUAAUAUUGUUUAUAAUUUCACAAUUGAUUCAGUGACUCCUUUGGGCAGACCAUGUAACAUUUCAGUGUCUCAGUUUCUUCAUUUGCAGAAUGAAGAAGAUACUUGCAAUUUUCCUACUGAAAUACUCACAAAACUGUUGUGAGGGAGUUGAGCUGUGGUUUAUGUAUAAGAAUUUAGAUGCUAUGUCCUCCUAGUGGUACCUGAAGAUGUCAAAUGAGAGAAAUGAUCUUCCCAGAAAGGGAUCGAAGUUCUUGUUGUGACAGAGAAGCUUACAAGUCCUCAAAGCAAAAACUUUCUAAAAUUAAUUCAUCAAAUGUCCUGUAGAAAAUCUGUUUUAUUAUUCGGCCUAGUAUUUAGAUUUAAAGAAUCGUGUUUCUCAUAAGGUUUUGUCAUGAAACUCAGAUGCUGUUGUAAAGAAAUAGAAAAAGAAGAAAUUGUCCAGUUACUUUAAUAAAUAACUUUUAUAGUGAUAGUUAAAAAUAUAAAGAAAUGUUACUCUUUCUUUAUUAUUAAAUUUUUAUGAUUAUAAUAAUUGAAGCACAUGUAUUUAUACUUUGCAAGUGUUAUAGAGUCCCUUUGACUUUUGAGUUAUUUCAAAAUAAUUUUUGAUUAGUUCUGUGAUCCCAAGUCUUCAAAUUUUAAAGCAGAGUUUGUCUUAAAGCAUUUUAUAUGCAGCCACUUAGGAAAGUUACUUUGCUGAGUAAAUUUCAGUUUGGAAAGCAUUGAUUUAACCUUUGAAGACUUAAGAGGGUUUUUAUUCUGGCGAAUAAGUUAAUAUUUGUUAAACUACCUUAUGUAAACAACAUAUAUACAAAAAAUUUUCUGUUUUGAGAAGCUUAUUAACAUGUGAGACUGAUUGUAAAAUAUUACUACUAAAUUCAUAUACUUUACAUGCAAAGUGCAUUUCUUAAAGACUAUUUCUGAUAAUUACUUUUUGAUCUCUUUCUUACAUGGUGAGGAGUACCUGAUUAGAGUUUUCUAAAUUAUUUUUCUAAGUAAUUAUUAGGCAAGGAUAUUCAGUAAGCUAGUGAUUCAAAUAACCAUUGCAGAAAGUAAUACUAACCUGUAAAUUUCAUGAAUCACUUGUAAAUUGCUGGUUGUUUUAUGACAUAAACAACUUAUUAUCAAUAGAGCAGUUUUUGUCAAAAAAUUUAUUUUAUUUUUUGGUGCAGUGCCAAGGAUUGAACCCAGGGUCCUUGCCUUCAAGUAUAUCCCAUCCCUUUUUAAAAAUUUUCUCAUUUUAUACAGGAUCUUACCAAGUUGCUAAGUUGUCUGGGCUGAGUUUGAAUUCACAAUCCUGUCUCAAAGGCCACUAUGCCCAACUUAAAAACAUUCUUAAAAAAUAAAGUCUAUGUCUAAUUAUUAAAACUUGACUGUAUUCCAAAUGAAUACAGGGGCUUUACGAUAAUUUAAUGGUACAAAAGGCCUUCUCUUCAUAAAAGUGGCAGAAAACUAAAUCAGAGCAUUAGUUUUCCACAUUAUAAAGACUAUAUCAAAGAAUUCAACAAUGUAGACAUUUAAAAAAUAAUCCUGUUAGUUGAUUUGGGUUUUUUUUGCCUAUUUGUUUAAAUUAUUGCUCUAGAAAUUUAAGCAAAAUAUAUACCUAAAUUAAAUGUAAGUAGGAAAGUCAAUAUGUAUGCUUUUUUAAAGUAUGUUUUAGCAUGUUAAUGAAGGAGUUUCAUUUGUGUUCAAUAACAAACUUCAUUUUCAUUAUGUUUAAUAGUUUUAGGGAAUGUUCUUGAUGUUGUAUUGAUUACUGUAGUAAAGGAUAAAUACAUUCUGUAUUUACAGUUCACACUGUUCAGUAAGAUAAGGUUUAUACUUAUGAUGUGAGUGGACUAGGCCUGAAAAUCAGAAGGAGGAAGGUAUAUUUGCACUAAAAAAUGUGUUCCUGAGAAACUUAGCAUACUCCAGGUGUAAUAGAUUGCACUAAAUGUUAAGAAGUAAAUGGAUUUAGGCUUUUGUCUUUUCUGCCACUUCUGUCACUUUUUCGUUCCUUCCUUUUUGAGACCUGUCUUAUGUGGCUUUCAAAAUGCCAAUAGAUUUUUCUUCUGUUUUAUGUACACAGUUGUUUUCAAUGGGUAGUACACUUAAACAGAGCUACAUCUGACUACAAAUCUCACUGCUUGUAAUAGCAGUAACGUACUUAAUGUAAAGUGGUGAAACAGAUUUUGCUAGACACUAAGCCACAUUUGAAGGGAAAUGUUAAGUAUGCUACAAGGUCAGUGUGUUGUCACUUAGGUCACUAAGGAGGGCACUUUAGUGAAAUAAUUAUUUCAGUGUAAUGUUUUUCCCAUAAAAAUGUAUUCCCAAAAAAGGGACAAAAGAAAAUCAAAACUCAUUAAGAACUAUGAAACCUUUUUUUCAAUAAAAAGAAAUUUAUAAAUAAUAAUAUUAAAAAUUUCUUUGAGAAAGUUGAAACAAUAUGAGGAAUACAGGAGAUUUUCUUAAAUACAAAUGCCUCUCUGUGUAGGGUACUUCCAACUCAGUGACUUUUUCCUGUCCAGCAACACAUCAUGUGGUAUUAUCUUCUUUCCAAAUUCCUAGAGACCAAGCCCUCUUGAAUCAUCAGCCACAGUAUGUGUCCCCUUCCCACUGGACAGGAAACAUGCUCUUCUCCCCAAUUCUUCUGUUCCAAGCCUGAUUUAUUUAAAAUUUUAUUUCCAUUUUCAAAUAUUUGGUCAUUAAUGUCAGCUGAAGCUUUGCUAUAACUUUUCAGUCAAUCAGUUUUUUCUUCCCUCCAUACUCCCCUUCCUUCCUUUCUCCUCCUUUCUUCAACUCUGUGCUUAUCCCUUCCUCUCCCCUCUCCUGUUUUGACAGGAUCUCUUAUUUUGCCCAGACUAGUAUGAACUUUCAGGCUCAAGUGAUCCUCCUGUCUCAGCCUCUUGCAUAGCUGGGACUACAGAUGUGCAUCUGACUAUUAUAUUUCUUAAUAAAGCAAGAUUAUUGGUGUAUUUCUCUUAUAGGUCUCCUAAGGUCAUAGGUCAUAGGUCUCCUAAGAUAUAUUUGUUUUAAAUUAACAUUCUUUUCCCUGGAAAACCUUUUCUUUUGUGAUUAUCUUAAUCUCAAAUUAUUUUGUAAAAGGAGAAUUUUACUGUAUUUGGUUCAGAAGAGUAGAAAGACAUCUUACUAUGGCAGACAUAUAUAAAGUCAUACUUUUAAAACAGUAUAACACCAUUUAGAGUUGAUAUUAUUAACAAAUCUUGUCAACUUAACUCAGAGCUGUAUUUAUCGAAAGAAUGCUGGCUAAUAUCUUCCCUAUUUAGUAUACCAAGUUGUAGGGGAGAGAAUCUGUAUUUUUUUUUUAAGCAAUCCAAUGGAUUUGUUUUUGUCCUUAUUUUUAAACCAACUUGAAAUAUUUUUCUCAUUUUAGAGGGUAUAAAUUAUGUAGACCUGCCUUUUCAAUUAUCAUACUCUAAUAUAUAUUUAUAAAUUAUAGCAAUGAAAAAUACAAAAUUGCUCUAAUAUUGAUCUUAUUAUUUCUUGCUAUUUAAUUUUUAUAACAUUUUGUGUAAGUAGCUAAUUAUAGUACUGCUUUUACUGUUUAAAUUUUUUUCUCAAAUAGGUUUUGAUCAUAUCUUAGGAAAAAUAUUCUAAAGUUGAAUAACAUGAAUUUGAAACACUGCUACAUCAUAUAUCUAUAUCUGUAUAAAGAUAUAUGAUACUCAGUACCCAAGCAAAUUAUACCAAAAGCCUAACUUAUAUGUUGCAUUAAUAAAGUGCUUAUUAUUUUUCUCUUCCUCUAAUUCAGGUGAUUCGUGAAAUAGAAGAUAAAGUUUUUUCAAAUGUGCAUCUGUUGAGUUUUUCAAAAUGUUAACUAUGUUCAUUUUUAGUGCAUGAUGCUAAAUUUAUCUUUAAUCAACCAUUAUUACCUGAUCUGAUAAAUGUUUUCCUAUCUGACCAGUGUGUUGUAGGUUUAACUAUUUUUCUCUGUAAAUUCUCCCUACAUUUUCAAAUAGGUAUUUGUAAAUAGCUUCUAAAGUGCUACCUAUAAGUAAAUUAGCAUUUUUUACCUUAUCUAUGCAUAACGGUUUCUGCAUUUGAAUUUGACAAACUUGGUGACUUGCAAUUCCUUUGUAGUACUGUAACUUAUUGUGAUGUAAUGAAAUUUUUGAAAUGUUUAUAUGAUUAGUUGUUAAAAUAUAGAAAUUUAUGUAGCUCUGCAUGAAAUAAACAUGUUAUGAAGAAUUUUCUUAA